UCUAGGCAUGUUUCUCUGUAACGCUCGCUAAUUUUUGUCUAAUAGGAAACAUUUUGUCUAGUAGAAAGCAUUUUGAAAAUAUGGCAGACUGGAACUUAAAAUUCAGUCACCAAGUGGUUGAUGGUGACAAUGCCAUACUUUGCGGGGGCUUGAUUGCUCGCAAAGAGGAAAUAGGUUUAAAAAAAAAGUAAAGCAGCAAACAGUUAAAUGAAAAGGUGAAGCCAUUUCUGAUCUUUGUGGCUCGUCGUGGUCUAGGAAUGUUUUAUAUGACCUCACUUGAUUAGAGUAGAUUUUCAGGAAUUAAAUAACAACAACCCUAAUGAUCUCUCGGCCGGAGGAAAGCAAAUUUAUCAAUUAGAAUCUUUGAUCAUUUUAACAAAACUGAUCUCGGACUCCGGAACAGACGGUAGUUAUUUUCAGCAUUCUGUCACCCAAUCUUCGAUGAAGUCUCGUUCUUAAAUUGCCAAUAGGGGUCCAGGAGGAGACGUUCCACGGCCAAUGUCUGGGAGCCCCCCAAGGCCGGGACUCACAAGCUCCUCCCUCACUCCUAGUUUUCUGACAGUGGCCGCAACUCCAAGGCUCCGACUACUCGUCUUCCGGGGUCUGGAGCUUCUGGCUCAGCACUCGUCUUCUCGCAAGAGUUCGUCCCCAAAGUCCCAUCGCAGAGUCUCACCACCCCUCCGACGGGUCCACCCGGAGCCCCGGGCGCCUCUUCCUUUCCACCCCGGCUCCCUCCACUCGGCCCAACCCCUUCCCAGAUCCGGUUCUCUCCGCCCCAGCCCCUUCCUCAAGUUCCCAGGCCCGGGGCUCCUCUCGGACAACCUCAUCCCGCAGCAUGGCCGUUCCUGAGCUGGAAGGCCAAUCAUUCCCGACAGCAAGAUGGCUGUGGUGGGGACGGCUCUGAAAGACCCUUGAAGAGGACUUUCUCUCAGGAGGAGACCUCCCUGCUGCCAAGGAACAGGCCGAGACCAGAGACCAUACGGAUGCAAAUCGCAAGAGGUUUAUUGGGCAAACACAGGAGACCCAGCCUGCAUUCAUUAAGGAUGGUGUGGAAGAUCAUGGGGCCACUGCAAGCAUGCAGCCUUCUCCUAGUGAUUGUAUCUUUGCCACAGGGGAGGACAAGUUCUGUUAUAACUGUAAAUGGCAGAACUGAGAACUAUGUCCUGGACACCCCAUCUGGUGUCGAAGCCUCUCUGGAAUGCGCGGUUCAAAACCACACCAGCGAUGAAGAACUUCUCUGGUACCGAGGCGAUGGAAUCGUAGAUCUGAAAACUGGAAAUCAAAUCAACAGCAGCUCUGUCUGUGUCUCUCCCAUCAGAGAAGACGACGACGGAGUUCGCUUUACCUGCAAGCUGCAGAGCAAUCAGUCGGUGUCGGUCUCCGUGGUGCUGAAUGUUACUUUCCCUCCCAUUCUAAGCGGAGAUGACUUCCAAACCGCAGAGGAAGACAGCGACGUAAGCUUGGUUUGCAACGUGAAAUCCAACCCUCAGGCUCAAAUGGAGUGGCAUAAAGACAACAGCGUCCUGGUUUUAGAGAAAGGCCGUCACCAAAUCCAAGAGACAAGUGAGUCUUUGCAGUUGUCAAUCACCAAAGUCAAGAAAUCCGACAAUGGAACCUACAGCUGUAUUGCUAGCUCAACUCUCAAAGUGGAGACCAUGGACUUCCACCUGGUCGUUACAGACAAAGUUCCAGCCGUCCCAGUAGAGGCAAUCAUUGCUGCUUGUGUCGUGGUCUUCCUGACUUUGGGUUUUGGGCUGCUUGCUAGGAGAAAAAGAAUAAUGAAGCUCUGCAUGAAAGAGAAAAACAAGAAUUCAGAGACAGCUCUGUUUGACCAAGGCUUGCGCAACUGCAUUGCCACACAAGCAACUGAGGGAGCUUGUCCAGAUGAGAAAGUUGAGCCCCUGCCUGACACAUGAAGAGUUCUGCAUCAGGACCACCUCAGUUUGUGUAUCGACAUCUGUAUUUAUUGCUGCUUUUAAAUUCCCCCCGAUCCAAUUGUCAGAGGUUAUGAAGACGCAUUUAGUUAAUUACUGAACAGUGGUUGUUAGGACUAAUUCAAGCUACUUAUGGAGCUAUUUCAUGCAAGAGGUUUUAAAAUGAAGAUUCUGUUUAAGCCCUCUCCUUAAGAAUAUGUUAAUUAAUUGUGAUUUAUUCCUAAUAGAUUGGUAGCCAUUUACUAUCUGACUUAUUUUUCUAGAUAGGAAGACUAACUGACAUUGGGGUUUUCCAAAUCAAUGCAUUAGCCAAGAAAAAAAAAAAAGAAAAGAAAAAACCAAGAAGAUCAAAGCAGAGAACACCAUAGGAUGACGUUCCUGGGUUGCCAGGGAGCACAUGAAGUUGUAAUUAUCUCCUGAUUUCAGUGUCCCUCUCCUUAAUGUCUUAGGACUAAAGAAGUCCGGAUCUAACUUCAAAUGGAAUAAAUUUAGUAUCAUGAGA